AUGCCCAAGCUUCUGGAGUCUUCCGCGGAUGGGGAUUUUGGAAAGAAGUCCGUGACGGCGUUGCAGAAAUUUCUGAACCAGGAAGGUUUCUACUGCGGGACCGAAGACGGCGAUUGGGGCGGCACGACAGAGAAAGCUUUGCAGCUCUUUCUUAAAGAUGCUGGAUACGACGUAGACUUCAAGAAAGGCGUCCGGGAUGGUGGUAAGAACACCGAACUGUUCCAGGAGUUCUUGCAGGACGAGGACCAAGACUGCAAGCCGGAUGGCGAGUGGGGCAAGAAGUCGGCCAUGGCCUUGCAGAAUUUCUUGAAAAACGAAGACGAAAGCGAGUUUCCGUCAUUGUACAAAGGCAAGGAGGACGGAGAGAUGGGAGCGAUGACCAUCCUGGCCCUCCAGAAGUUUCUGACGCAGCGCGGCUGCAACCCAGGCGCCCUGGACUCGGGCCUGGGGAAGCAGACGGUGACUGCAUUGCAGAAGUUCCUCUCACUGCAGCCUGAUGUGUUGGAGCUGAAGCCGGUGCGACGAAAGAAGAAGGGCGGCUCCAAAGCCGCAGGGAGCUCUGCGAGCUCCAAGAAGCCGACUCCCAAAGCAAAGCCGAAGGCCGAGGAGAGCCUCGACAUGAAGCUGAGGAAAGAGAUGUGGGAGAUGGCAGAGAUGGAAGCAGCAGGCUUCUGA